AUGGCCCUCCGUCUCUCUGUCCUCCCGCUAGGCCUCAGACACGCCGUCUUCGCCUCCGCUCGCCCUCCCGGUUUCUCCCAUUGGCAUACUGCCUCCUCGCUUUCUCGUCUCGCUCUCCGCACACGGCCCGCGACGCGGCCAUUCUCGACUCAAUUCUUUACACGCGCCCCAGGUCCCAUUCCGUUCCUCGGCAGAAACCUCUACUGGCUCGUUCCCGUCGCUGGCGGUCUUGCGUUCUACGCUUCGCCCGGCGCUCCCUCUCAGCUUCUCCCUGCCAUCUUCGCUUCCCCGACCCUCAUUCCAUGUCCCGCGCCAUGUCCCUCAACCGCAGACAUCUCACCGACCAUCCUCUCGCCCGCUGAGCCUGCCGACACCCGCAUCAUUGUGCGCAUAUGCGUGUUCUUGAACGACUAUGUCUGGGAGCCCGUCCUUACCACCAGGCGAUUCAUCUAUCUGGUCUGGCUCUUCUUUCCGGUGCUUUUCACUGCACCCAUGCUGCUCGUUGGUAGGCCCGAGGACAGGCUGCAUGGGGACAAGUGGGGCGCCGUCUGGUGGUACGGCUAUUUGACGAGCCAGAUGCAAAAAGCGGGGCCUACGUUUAUCAAGCUAGCCCAGUGGGCGGCGUCUCGUGCAGACCUAUUCCCCUCCUUGCUGUGUGAACGCUUAGGCGCACUCCAUUCGCGAGGCAGGCCUCAUCCGUUUUCGCAUACCAAGCGCCUCAUCGAGCAUGUCUUCCAAAGGCCCUUUGACGAGGUCUUUGAGGAAUUCGACGACACGCCGAUCGGCACCGGCGCAAUAGCCCAGGUCUACAAAGGCACGCUCAAGAAGGACCUCAUCCCGCCCUCGCACCUCUUGCCAAAGCGCCCACGCAAGAACGUCCUUCCACCCUCGCUCACAUCCGAGCCGCUCCCCUCCGUGCCCUCCGCAGCGGUGCCAUCAAGCAUGGAAUGGCUCUCGCUCCCCGAGGAGGUCGCGGUGUUUGGCCGCAUGAUGCACGAGCAGCUCGACCUGCGCGUGGAGGCGAGGAACCUGGAGGCGUUUGAGCAGAACUUUGCGGGGAGGAAGCUGCCCGUGACGUUCCCUCGCCCGCUGACGGUGUGGACGAGCAAGGAAAUCCUGGUGGAAGAAUACCAAAACGCGCUGUCGCUGGAGUUGUUUCUGAAGAAUGGUGGUGGUCCGUACAAUGACCUGUUGGCAGAGGUCGGGCUGGAUACGUUCUUGAACAUGUUGCUACUGGACAACUUUGUUCACUCAGACUUGCACCCAGGCAAUAUCAUGAUCAAAUUCACGAAACCUACCACACUGUCCCUUAGGAACACUGCAGCAUCCGCGCUACACAGGCCCGCAGAGGCAAUUCCUCCAUCAGAGCGAUCCUCUGACCACGUCGUCGACCACCUCCGCACACUCAUUGACGACCCGCCAGCAUGGCGCGCCGAGCUCACGUCCCUCGACGCCGCGGGCUACGUCCCCGAGAUCGUCUUUGUCGACGCGGGGCUCGUGACGACGCUGAACGACAAGAACCGCACGAACUUCCUCGACCUGUUCCGCGCGGUCGCCGAGUUCGACGGGUACCGCGCGGGGACGCUGAUGGUGGAGCGCUGCCGCACGCCGCAGCUCGCGGUGGACGCGGAGACGUUCGCGCUGCGCAUGCAGCACAUCGUGUUGAACGUGAAGCGCAAGACGUUCUCGCUCGGGCAGAUCAAGAUCUCGGACAUCCUCACGGCGGUGCUGCGCGCGGUGCGCCAGCACCACGUCAAGAUGGAGGCGGACUUUGUGAACACGGUGAUUUCGAUCCUGCUGCUGGAGGGCAUCGGGCGCCAGCUGGACCCCGGGCUCGACCUGUUCAAGAGCGCGCUGCCGACGGCGUCGCAUUGGGUGUUGCACUGA